CCUGUAUAUGAAGUAAGCUAGAUGAAUGCAAACAUAAACAUAACCAUCAAACGUUCAAACAUGUUUUCAUUCUUCAUUCAAACUUUGAAUUUAAUUUGUUUAUAAUGUCGGACGCCUGGGAGGAAAUUCAAGCUGUAAAAAGUAAGCGCAACAGCCUGCGUGAGCGACUGGAAAAACGCAAAAAAGAACGCGAAGACAUCCUCGCCCUUGGCAGCAGCCCUUUAGCAUCAAGACCGGCUACAGAAAUCGUUGCUGGAAGCUCAAAAAUACACCCGGCUCAAAUAACUGAAGACUCCAAGGUUAAACAUGAACAACUUGAAGAGGAUGAUCUUAUUAAAGUGGACCCUGAGCUGGAAAAAGGGCUCCUGAAAAAGUUGAAUGAAGUAACAUUACAUCUGCCAACUACAUCCAAUGAAUUACUGGAGCAUUUAGGAGAUGAACCAAAUGCAACACAUAAAUCAAUAUGUAAUCUGCUGCAGAAAUUUGCUACACAGAAGAUUAUCACAGUGAAAGAAAUAAUUAAAGAUGGCCAAACUGAGUUAGAAGUGACUUUUAUUGAACAUACAAAACUAAAUGCAUUGGUAGAAGAUGAUAAACUUGAUACAGGCAAACAAAUCACCAAAAGAAAAAGAGCUGAUAGUCCAGAACACAAGUCUAUCGAUGAAGAAGAUAAAAAGAAGAAGGAAAAAAUAGAUCCUAAAGCAAAUGAUAUUAUGUCUUUAUUAUUAGCCCCAUCAACAAAAGAAAAAGAAAGCAAAAAGAUUGGUGAAGAGAUUCUGGAUUUGCUGAGUAAACCAACAGCAAAAGAAAAAAGUUUAGCUGAGCGAUUCCGAUCGCAAGGAGGCGCACAAGUAAUGGAGUUCUGUCCGUAUGGUACCAAGGGUGAGUGCCAACGAAAUGCUGGUUCCGUUCCAUGCAAGAAACUUCACUUUAAGAAAAUUAUCCAAAAACACACCGAUGAGACACUCGGCGAUUGCUCGUUUUUGAAUACAUGCUUUCAUAUGGACACCUGCAAAUACGUCCAUUAUGAAGUUGAUCGUUCCGGUCAAAGUCGCGAGACUCCUUUGGCUCCCAAACCGAUGGUUUGCUCAGAAAGUACGACUCUCUACCCAGCCCAAUGGGUGCAGUGCGAUUUACGCUUUUUAGACAUGACAGUGUUGGGAAAAUUCGCUGUUAUCAUGGCGGAUCCCCCAUGGGACAUCCAUAUGGAGCUACCAUAUGGUACUAUGUCAGACGACGAGAUGAGACAGUUGGGUAUUCCGCAAUUACAAGACGAUGGACUGAUAUUUUUAUGGGUGACUGGAAGAGCCAUGGAGUUAGGCAGAGAAUGUCUAAAACUAUGGGGAUAUGAGCGAGUGGAUGAAAUUAUUUGGGUGAAAACCAAUCAACUACAACGGAUUAUACACGGGCGCACUGGUCACUGGUUGAAUCACGGUAAAGAACAUUGUUUGGUCGGGAUGAAAGGCAAUCCGCAGAAUUUAAACCGCGGCUUGGAUUCGGAUGUGAUCGUUGCUGAGGUGCGUGCGACAAGUCACAAACCGGACGAGAUUUAUGGUAUGAUUGAAAGAUUGUCGCCGGGAACAAGGAAAAUUGAAUUGUUUGGCAGGCCACAUAAUAUCCAGCCAAACUGGAUCACUUUAGGCAAUCAAGUCGAGGGUAUUCGAUUGAUGGAUCCGGAGUUGAUUGAAAGUUUUAAAAAACGAUAUCCGGAUGGUAACUGUAUGGCCCCACCACCGGAUCAAGCGCAUUGAAAUUGAAUGUUUAAGUACUAUUAUUUUAGGUACAUUUGUCAGUGGAGUGGUAUUAAGUAAUAAAUACUUUUUGUUUCAUAAA